CGGUAGAAAAUGAAUGAAUGAAUGAAUGAAUUUGUCAUUUCUAAUAUCCCGCAAUUCAACAAUUCAACACAGAAACAAACAGUAAAUACAGAAUAGAAAUAUUAGCUUCUUACCUGCUUCCGUGUACUUGAGUCCCACCUUUUCUUCCUCAUCUUUGGACUUAGGGGGCGGCCAGACGGCCUGCAGACGUCCUGGAGUGCGGUCCUCGCUGUCUGCAGGGGAAGUGGUCUCUGUCUGCGAUGACGGAACAAACACAACAACCAUGACAUACUGCUGGACAAAGCUAUGGUCGUCUUUUUGUGGUUACAAAGAUAGAUGCUAACAUACGUUAGCUCCGGUGGGAACUUUUGGUUCCUUGCUGGCGGUUUUGGAAGCUCUUUCAAAAAUAGAUCGUAGACUUUCUUUGUCGUUUUUAAUCUUCUUUCUGAGUGCUUCUACAUCCACAGGAUCUGAUUUGUCCUUCCUGAGAGAUUUUGGUCCGAAAAUGUUUUUGAACGUUUCAUAAGCCAUAUCUGAAGUUUUUUUGACUUCUGGAUGCGGGGGUUGAUCUCCUUCAAUCGCUGCAGUUUCAGACUCCUUUUUGUCUGGGUUUGCUUCCCGCCCAUCACCGGGCAUGUCCAGGUUAAGGAGCCGACUGUUUCGCCGACUUUCCGAGAGAGGUUUUGUGUCUGGGUGUUUUUUAACAGUACCAAGCGUCUUCUGCUCUGGUUGAAGCUUGGCUUUGUUCACCGUUUUCUUCAAACUUAGCAACGCCAGAUCAGCAUCUUUCUCCCGCUGCUUGAUCUCUGACACCGUUUCCCUCUCGUCCCCCAGCGCUCCUUUCUUCAGAACCCGUAGACCACUGAAGAGGGCUGGCAUCUGAAAUGAAGAUGUGUCUCUGGACUGGGAUACCGGUGACGGUUUGUCUUCUGUCGCCCCAGCCAAGCCAACCAAGCCAGCCAGCAUCAGUACCAACAUCCCUUCCGCACGCCCUCCUCCUUCCUCCGCCUCCUCCUCCUCCCGGGGCCACCGGUGAAGGAGGCUUGUGCCGUGGGCUUUGGCUGGCAGUCUAGCCCGCUGCAUGGCUGUGGAUUAGCUGUAUGCUCACAUCGACAAGGGAUAGGAGCCAGCGCCUGAGUGCGCUUUAUUUGCAGCCAUGGCUGAAGGCGGAGAAGGAGAGGAUGAGAUCCAGUUCCUCAGAACUGCAUCCGAGACGCCCAUAGCACAGCCUUUAGGCAUGAACCAUGAUGAUGAAGUGGUGCUUCAGUGUGUGGCCUGCAUCCAGAAGGAGAAUCGAAAGUUCUGCCUGGCUGCUGAGGGGCUGGGGAACCGUUUGUGUUACCUGGAGCCCACAUCAGAGGCAAAGUAUGUUCCUCCAGACCUGUGCAUCUGUACCUUUGUGCUGGAACAGUCCCUGUCGGUUCGGGCCCUGCAGGAGAUGCUGGCUAAAAGCGGACAGAACAGUGAAGGGACACGCGGCCCGGAUCGAUGGAGGCUCAUAAGGAAGGCAGCGCAGAGUGGCGGCCAUAAGACUCUACUCUACGGACAUGCUAUCCUGCUUCGGCACUCGUUCAGUUCCAUGUACCUGGCCUGCUUGAAAACGUCAAGGUCACAGACUGAUAAGCUAUCAUUUGACGUCGGCCUGCAGGAGGACUCAACAGGUGAGGCUUGUUGGUGGACAAUCCACCCGGCUUCCAAACAGAGAUCGGAAGGAGAGAAGGUACGCAUUGGUGAUGACCUCAUCCUCGUCAGCGUGUCCUCCGAGCGCUAUCUCCACUUAUCAAUCUCCAACGGCAACAUCCAGGUGGACGCCUCUUUCAUGCAGACACUGUGGAACGUCCACCCAAUCUGCUCUGGCAGCAACAUCGAGGAAGGCUACCUAUUGGGCGGCCAUGUGAUGCGACUGUUUCAUGGGCAUGAUGAGGUGGUGACCAUUCCGGGGUCAGACCAGAGUGAAGAGCAGCAGAGGAUCGUCAACUACGAGACAGGUAAAGCUGGUGCCAAGGCCAGAUCUUUGUGGAGGCUGGAGCCACUCCGGAUCAGUUGGAGCGGCAGCCACAUCCGCUGGGGUCAGCCCUUCCGAUUGCGCCACCUGACCACCGGCCACUACCUAGCAAUGACCGAGGACCAUGGCUUGGUGCUGCAGGACCGUGACAGGUCGGACACAAUAGCGACUGCCUUCUGCUUCAGAGCUUCUAAGGAGAAGCUGGAGCAGAGCCCCAAGCGUGACAUUGAGGGGAUGGGAGUAGCGGAGAUUAAAUAUGGGGACUCGCUCUGCUUCAUCAUGCACGUGGCCACGAGUCUGUGGCUGUCUUACCAGGCACCUGAUGUCAAAUCUGCCCGCCUGGGUCCUCUCAAGAGACGAGCGUGUCUUCAUUCUGAAGGUCACAUGGAUGACGGCUUGACCCUGCAGCGCUGUCAACAUGAAGAAUCCCGAGCGGCGCGCAUCAUCCGCAACACCACGCUCCUCUUUAACCGAUUCAUCAGAGAUCUGGAUUGUCUGGGUGCGAAGAACAAGGCACUUGUGGCUUUGCCCGUCGAGGAGGUGCUCCAAACCCUCAAUGACCUCAUCACGUAUUUCCAGCUCCCUGAUGCCGAGUUGGAGCACGAAGAGAGGCAAAUCAAGCUACGCUCGCUGAAAAAUAGGCAAAAUCUUUUCAAACAGGAAGGUAUGCUAACACUGGUGUCCAACUGCAUAGACCGUCUGAACGUCUACAACAGUGUCGCCCACUUUGGGGAGUGUGCCGGUUCAGAGGCCGGAGCAGCGUGGAAAGACAUUCUCAACUUGCUCUAUGAGCUUUUGGCCGCCUUAAUCAGAGGAAACAGAAACAACUGCACCCAGUUCUCCAACAGCUUGGAUUGGUUGGUUAGCAAGCUGGAGAGAUUGGAGUCUUCUUCAGGCAUUCUGGAAGUUCUGCAUUGCAUUCUGAUUGAGAGCCCAGAGGCGCUCAACAUGAUCCAGAGGGGACACAUUAAGUCCAUCAUAUCGCUGCUGUAUAAACACGGACGUAACCACAAGAUCCUUGAUGUGCUUUGCUCACUGUGUGUGUGCAAUGGCGUUGCCGUACGAACCAAUCAAAACCUCAUUUGUGAUCACUUGCUGCCCAAGAGAGACCUGCUACUGCAAACCCAGCUGGUCAAUGACGUCCAAAGCAUGAGACCGAACAUCUUUCUCGGUGUGAGCGACGGCUCGGCUCAGUAUAAGAAAUGGUACUACGAGCUUAUGAUCGACCAGGUGGACCACUUUGUGACCAGUGAGCCUUCCCAUCUGCGAGUAGGCUGGGCCAACACUAAGGGCUAUGCACCCUAUCCCGGAGGAGGCGAGGGCUGGGGGGGCAACGGCGUGGGAGAUGACCUCUAUUCCUACGGUUUUGAUGGACUCCACCUGUGGUCAGGUCGCAUCCCGCGGGCAGUUGCGUCCCUCAACCAGCACAUCCUAACCUCAGAGGAUGUGGUGAGUUGUUGCCUCGACCUCGGAGCCCCCAGCAUCUCCUUCCGCAUCAACGGACAGCCCGUUCAGGGCAUGUUUGAAAACUUCAACACAGAUGGACUCUUCUUCCCCGUCGUCAGCUUCUCUGCAGGCGUCAAGGUUCGUUUCCUGUUGGGCGGUCGACACGGCGACUUUAAAUUUCUGCCUCCAUCAAGUUAUGCCCCCUGUUACGAGGCUCUGCUACCCAAAGAGAAGAUGAGGGUGGAGCCAGUGAAGGAGUACAAGAGAGAUGUGGAUGGGGUCCGAGAUCUGCUGGGGACCACCCUCAUCUCGUCGCAGGCUUCCUUCAUUCCUACGCCUGUGGAAACCAGCCAGAUUGUCAUGCCACCACAUUUGGAGAAGGUGCGGGACAAACUGGCGGAGAACAUCCAUGAACUGUGGGGCAUGAAUAAGAUCGAACUUGGCUGGUCCUACGGCAAGAUCAGGGAUGAUAAUAAGCGGCAGCAUCCGUGUCUGGUGGAUUUCUCGAAGCUGCCCGAGACUGAGAAGAACUACAACCUACAGAUGUCGACAGAAACUCUGAAAACCCUGCUGGCUCUGGGCUGUCGAGUUGUUCAAGUCAAUCCAAACGCUGACGAAUCACUCAAGAAGAUCAAACUCCCAAAGAACUUCAUGAUGUCCAGUGGUUAUAAACCAUCCCCUCUAGACCUUUCUGAGAUGAAACUGACUCCAGGUCAGGAGUUGCUGGUGGAUAAAUUGGCAGAAAAUGCCCACAAUGUUUGGGCCAAAGACCGCAUCAAGCAGGGAUGGACGUACGGCAUUCAGCAGGAUCUGAAAAGUAAGCGGAACCCCCGUCUGGUCCCCUACGCCAUGCUGGAUGAACGUACCAAGAAGUCUAAUCGUGACAGUCUACGGGAGGCCAUACGGACUUUGAUUGGUUAUGGUUACAAUGUAGAGCCAUCUGAUCAAGAAGGAGGACAAGUGGUUGAACGGCUCAGCAUCGAUAAAAUCCGCUUCUUCCGAGUGGAGCGAACAUAUGCGGUGAAGACGGGCAAAUGGUACUUUGAAUUCGAGGCGGUGACAGGAGGAGACAUGAGAGUUGGCUGGGCCAGACCUGGAUGCAAGCCAGACGUGGAGCUGGGCACAGAUGACCUCGCCUUCGUCUUUGAUGGCUACAGGGGCCACUGUCUGAACAUGGGCAGCCGUUUGUUCGGACGCUGCUGGCACAGUGGAGAUGUGGUGGGCUGCAUGAUUAACAUGGAGGACAAAUCCAUGAUCUUCACCCUCAAUGGAGAGAUACUUAUUACCACCAAAGGCUCUGAACUUUGCUUCACCGACUUUGAAACUGAGGAUGGGUUCAUUCCGGUAUGCAGUCUGGGCUUGGCUCAGGUGGGUCGUAUGAAUCUUGGCAAAGACGCCAGCACCUUCAAGUACUACACCAUGUGUGGCCUCCAGGAGGGGUUUGAACCCUUCGCUGUCAACAUGAACCGAGAGCUCACCAUGUGGUUCAGCAAACGUCUGCCAACGUUUGUCAAUGUGCCAAAGGACCACAAUCACAUCACGGUCACCAGGAUUGACGGGACCAUUGACAGCCCCCCGUGUCUCAAAGUAACACACAAGACAUUUGGUACCCAGAACAGCAAUGCGGAUAUGGUGUUUUGUCGUCUCAGUAUGCCUGUGGAGUUCCAAUCCUUCUUCAAGACCAGUCCUGUUGUAGACAUGAAUGGAGUUCAUGAUGAUGAGACCCUGAAGGUCAAACACAGAUAUCCACUGCGAUCUGUUCGACACAGCGAUGAAAGUAGACGAGUGGACUACAGCAGCAUCACAACGUACUACCACUCUGUGAGAGUCUUUGCUGGUCAGGAACCCGCAUGUGUGUGGGUGGGUUGGGUGACUCCCGACUACCAUUACUAUAGCAACAACUUUUCCCUCAAUAAGACCAGAACUGUGACUGUCACCCUGGGGGAUGAGCGAGGACGGGUCCAUGAGAGUGUGAGGAGGAGUAACUGCUACAUGGUGUGGGGAGGCGACGUGACCAACGCCACUCAUGGCUCAAGCCGCAGCAAUGUGGACCUGGAAAUUGGCUGUCUCAUAGACCUGGCCACUGGUCUGGUGACAUUCACUGUCAACGGCAAGGAAGUAGCCACGUCCUAUCAGGUGGAACCAAACACCAAGCUUUUCCCUGCUGUGUUUGUGCGACCCACCAGCCCGAACCUCUUCCAGUUUGAACUUGCCAAGAUAAAGAACGCCAUGCCGCUGUCGUCAGCCAUCUUUAAGAGCGAACAUAAGAACCCGGUGCCUCAGUGUCCCCCUCGAUUGGACGUUCAAACCAUCAAUGCGGUGCUGUGGAGCCGCAUGCCAAACACUUUCCUGAAGGUGGAAAUGGCCCGGGCCAGUGAGAGACACGGAUGGUCGGUACACUGUGUGGAGCCGCUUCAGAUGAUGGCAGUUCACAUACCUGAGGAGAACAGGUGUGUUGACAUCAUGGAAUUGUCCGAGCAGGAGGACAUGAGGAAGUUCCACUAUCACACCUUGAAGCUCUACUGCGCCCUCUGCGCUCUGGGUAACACCCGUGUGGCCCACGCCCUCUGCAGCCACCUGGAUCAAUCUCAACUGUUAUACACCAUCGACAACCAGUACCUGUCGGGAAUGCUACGGGAAGGUUUUUACAAUCUCCUCAUCAGCAUCCAUUUGGAAACAGCUAAGGAGGCUCGACUCAUGAUGAAAGAUGAAUUCAUCAUCCCGGUCACGGCAGAGACACGCUCCAUCCGGCUCUUCUCUGACUCUUCCAAAAAACACUUACCACCAGGGGUGGGGCUCAGCACGUCGCUGAAACCCCGCCUCAACUUUGCUCCGCCUUGUUUCAUCAACACCAAACGGGAACAUUAUCUCUACAGUCCACAGAUUCCACUGGACGCAUUAAAAGCAAAAGCGAUAUCGAUGUUGACGGAGGCUGUCCAAGGAGGCGGGCACUACAUCCGUGAUCCUGUCGGAGGAGGUGUCGAGUACCAGUUUGUGCCAAUCCUGAAGCUCAUCAGCACAUUGCUGACCAUGGGUAUACUCUGCAGUGAGGACGUUCACAAGAUCUUACUGCUUAUUGACCCGAAUGUAUUUACCCGGACACACAAGGAAGAAACCAUUUGUACCACCAACAAAGAAGGACUAACGGGGGCCGAGGAGAAGGCAGUGGAAGCCGGAGAGGAAGAAGCCAAAGAAGCUAAACAGCUGAUGAAAGGGCUUCUGGAGAAGAGACUGCCUGAACCUGUGAAACGACAGAUGUGCGAGCUGCUGCACUAUUUCUGCGACUGUGAGCUGAAGCACCGCAUCGAAGCCAUCGUGUCCUUUUCGGACAACUUUGUCUCCAAGUUGCAGUACAACCAAAAGUUCCGCUACAACGAGUUAAUGCUUGCGCUAAAUAUGUCCGCCGCGGUUACUGCCAAGAAGACCAAGGAGUUCCGAUCACCUCCCCAAGAACAGAUUAACAUGCUGCUGACCUUCAGCACCGGUGACGACUGUCCUUGUCCAUCAGAUAUCCAGGAGGAGCUUUUUGAUUUUCACAACCAGCUGCAGCUUCACUGCGGAAUCCCCAUGGAGGAAGAUGAGGAUGACCAGGAUACGUCUAUUAAAGGCCGCCUUCUAACCCUGGUGAAUAAAAUCAAAGGACAAGCUCAUAAAACAGAGCAACCGGCCAAGAAGGAACAAGCUGCACCAUCUAACCUGAAGGAGUUGAUCUCACAGACCAUGGUCAGCUGGGCCCAGGAGUGUCACAUCCAAGACCCAGAACUGGUUCGGAAGAUGUUCAGCCUUCUGAGGAGGCAAUAUGACAGCAUUGGUGAGCUGCUCAGGGCCAUGAGGAAGACUUACACCAUCAGUGCCGCCUCAGUCCAGGACACCAUCAAGCUGCUGGCUUCUUUGGGUCAGAUCAGAUCGCUGCUUUCUGUUCGGAUGGGGAAAGAAGAGGAGAAGCUCAUGAUUGAUGGGCUUAGUGACAUCAUGAACAAUAAGGUGUUCUAUCAGCAUCCCAAUCUAAUGAGAAUACUGGGCAUGCAUGAGACAGUCAUGGAGGUCAUGGUGAAUGUGCUUGGAAGUGACAAAUCCCAGGAAAUUGCCUUCCCCAAGAUGGUCGCCAGCUGUUGUCGCUUCCUGUGCUACUUUUGCCGGAUCAGUCGCCAGAAUCAGAAAGCCAUGUUUGACCACCUGAGUUACCUGCUAGCGAAUAGCAGCGUCGGCCUUGCUUCACCAGCCAUGAGGGGCUCCACUCCUCUCGAUGUGGCCGCUUCUUCUGUCAUGGACAACAACGGUCUGGCUCUGGCCCUGGAAGAACCUGAUCUAGACAAGGUAGUCACGUACUUGGCGGGCUGCGGUCUCCAGAGUUGUCCGAUGCUUCUGGCGAAAGGUUAUCCAGAUAUCGGCUGGAACCCCAUUGAGGGAGAACGUUACCUUUCCUUCUUGCGGUUUGCUGUUUUUGUUAAUGGUGAGAGUGUGGAGGAGAACUCCAGUGUUGUGGUCAAGCUUCUCAUCCGUCGCCCCGAGUGUUUCGGGCCCGCCCUGAGAGGAGAGGGAGGGAACGGCCUUCUGGCUGCUAUGAAAGAAGCCAUCAAGAUCUCUGAAACCCCGGCUUUGGACCUGCCUGGCUCUGUCCAGGGAGUCAGCUCUGACGUAUCUGCUGAUGGUGACGAUGAAGAGGAGGUGGUCCACAUGGGAAAUGCCAUCAUGUCCUUCUACUCUGCACUCAUUGACCUGCUGGGACGUUGUGCCCCGGAGAUGCAUCUCAUCAACAAAGGGAAAGGUGAAGCCCUUCGUAUUCGAGCCAUUUUACGUUCUUUGGUGCCCAUGGAGGACCUGGUGGGAAUCAUCAGCAUACCACUUAAAACACCCAUCAUUAAUAAAGAUGGCUCUGUGACAGAACCAGACAUGUCAGCCAGCUUUUGUCCGGACCACAAAGCCCCAAUGGUGCUGUUCCUGGACCGAGUGUACGGUAUUGAGGACCAAAGCUUUUUGCUUCACCUGCUUGAAGUUGGCUUCCUUCCUGACCUGAGGGCAGCAAACUCUCUCGAUACGGAGGGUCUGUGCACCACCGAGACGGCAUUGGCCAUGAACCGUUACAUCGGCUCAGCCAUGCUCCCCCUCCUUACUCGCUGCGCGCCCCUCUUCGCCGGCACCGAGCACCACGCCACGCUCAUCGAUUCCACCCUGCACACCAUCUACCGCCUCUCCAAGGGCCGCUCCCUCACCAAAGCCCAGAGAGACGCCAUUGAGGAGUGCCUGCUGGCUGUCUGCAAGCACCUUCGCCCUUCUAUGCUGCAGCAGCUUCUGCACCGCCUCGUCUUUGACGUGCCCUUGCUGACUGAAUACUGCAAGAUGCCUCUCAGGCUGCUGACCAACCAUUAUGAGCAGAACUGGAAGUACUACUGUCUGCCAUCCGGCUGGGGUAGCUACGGCACGGCUUCGGAGGAUGAACUGCAGCUCACCAAGAAGAUCUUCUGGGGAGUGUUUGACUCGCUCUCCCAGAGGAAAUAUGACCCAGAGCUGUUCAAGAUGGCAAUGCCGUGUCUGAGCGCCAUAGCCGGAGCGUUGCCGCCCGACUACGUGGAUGGGUCUAUUAGUAGUACCAUGGAGAAGCCUCUUUCUGUAGAUACUCAUGGCAACUUUGACCCCAAACCGAUCACCACUUUUAACAUUGCUCUCCCAGAGAAGCUUGAGCACUUUGUCAACAAGUAUGCUGAACAUUCCCAUGAGAAAUGGUCAGCAGAGAAGGUGUUGCUUGGGUGGAAAUAUGGAGACUGUGUGGACGAGAAGGCCAGGACUCACCCACAGCUCAGGACAUACAAAGCCCUGACAGAGAAGGAGAAAGAGAUUUACAGAUGGCCAAUCAGGGAGUCAUUGAAGAGCAUGCUGGCAAUGGGCUGGAGUGUUGAUCGGGCCAGAGAUGGAGAGUGCACAUCUCAGCACCGGGAGAAUGAAAAGAUGCGAAAGAUCUCUCAGGCCUCACAAGCCAAUGGUUUUCAUCCCAGCCCGGUAGACACAAGCAAUGUGGUUCUAUCCCGAGAGCUGCAGGGAAUGGUGGAGGUGGUGGCUGAAAAUUACCAUAACAUCUGGGCCAAAAGGAAAAAGAGUGACCUGGGAUAUAGAGGUGGAGGCACGCACCCUUUGCUGGUGCCCUAUGAAACACUGACAGCCAAAGAGAAGGCUCGCGAUCGAGAGAAGGCCCAGGAGCUCUUCCGCUUCCUUCAAAUCAGCGGCUACAGCAUCACAAGAGGUCUGAAGGACCUGGAGCAGGACUCGUCGUCCAUGGAGAAAAGGUUCGCUUACAGGUUCCUCAAGAAGCUACUCAAGUAUGUUGACUCCGCCCAGGAGUUCAUCGCUCAUCUAGAGGCCAUGGCUGCCAGUGGAAAAACGGACAGGUCACCUCAUGAGCAAGAAAUCAAGUUUUUUGCCAAAGUUCUUCUUCCACUCAUUGACCAAUACUUCAAGAAUCAUUCUCUCUACUUCCUGUCGUCACCUAAUAAGAACCUGAGCAGCAGCGGCUACGCUUCCAAUAAGGAAAAGGAAAUGGUCACCAGCUUGUUUUGUAAACUGGCAGCUCUUGUAAGACAUAGGAUUUCUCUCUUUGGGAGCGAUUCUACCACGAUGGUGAGCUGUCUGCACAUCCUGGCACACACCCUGGAUACCAGGACGGUGAUGAAAUCGGGCUCGGAAUCAGUGAGGGUGGGGCUGAGGACGUUCUUUGAGAACGCCGCUGAGGACUUGGAGAAAACGUUCGAGAACCUCAAACUGGGGAAGUUCACUCACUCACGUUCGCAGAUGAAAGGCGUGUCGCAGAACAUCAACUACACUACGGUGGCGCUACUCCCCAUCCUGACCGCUCUGUUCGAGCACAUCACGCAACACCACUUUGGAGUGGACCUGCUGUUGGAUGAUGUCCAAGUGUCUUGCUAUCGGAUCCUGACCAGCCUCUAUGCUCUGGGGACCGGGAAGAACAUCUACGUAGAAAGACAGCUGCCAGCUCUGGGUCAGUGUCUGGCCACCUUGGCGGGGGCCAUGCCUGUGGCUUUCUUGGAACCCAUGCUGAACAUGUACAACCCAUGCUCUGUUUUUAACACUAAAAGCGGCCGUGAACGAGCUAUGCUCGGAAUUCCAGAAUCAGUUGAGAAAAUGUGUCCCGGUAUGCCCCGACUUGACGGGCUGGUGAAAGACAUCAACGACAUGGCCGAAUCUGGAGCGCGGUACACAGAGAUGCCCCAUGUGAUCGAAGUGGUCCUGCCCAUGCUUUGCAACUACCUGUCCUACUGGUGGGAAAGGGGGCCCGAGAACCAGGCGGCCAGCAGCAGCAGCAGUAGUGUGUGCUGCACCACCGUCACGUCACACCACCUCAGCCUCAUUCUGGGCAACAUCCUGAAAAUCCUCAACAACAACCUGGGCAUCGAUGAGGCCUCGUGGAUGAAGAGGAUUGCAGUGUACGUGCAGCCCAUCAUCAGUAAAGCCCGCACUGACCUGUUAAAGAGUCACUUCCUGCCAACGCUGGAGAAGUUGAAGAAGAAGACGGUGAAGGUGGUGUCUGAGGAGGAGCUGUUGAAGGCUGACAGCAAGGGAGACACCCAAGAGGCCGAGCUGCUGAUCCUGGAUGAGUUCGCUGUGCUCUGCAGGGACCUUUACGCCUUUUACCCCAUGCUCAUUCGCUACGUGGACAACAACAGAUCCAGAUGGCUGAAAGAACCAGACCCAGACUCUAAUCAGCUCUUCAAAAUGGUUGCUGAGAUUUUUAUCCUGUGGUGCAAAUCACAUAAUUUCAAACGAGAGGAGCAGAACUUUGUGGUCCAGAAUGAAAUCAACAAUCUUUCCUUCCUGACUGGAGACAAUAAAACUAAGAUGUCAAAGUCUGGGGGACAGGACCAGGAGAGGAAACAUAAGAAAAGGCGGGGUGAGUUCUAUUCCAUCCAGACAUCACUAAUCGUGGCCGCUCUGAAGAAGAUGCUUCCAAUCGGCCUGAACAUGUGCACCCCGGGAGACCAGGAACUCAUCUCCUUGGCCAAGACACGCUACUUGAUGAGAGACACGGAUGAUGAGGUCAAAGAUCACAUUCGGCAAAACCUUCACCUCAGAGAAAAGUCUGAAGACCCUGCCGUGAGGUGGCAGAUAAACCUUUACAAGGAUAUCAUAAUACGUGGCGAGGGACCUCCUGAUCCUGAGAAGGUGGUGGACCGGAUCCAGAGAAUCUCCGCUGCUGUCUUCAACCUGGAGCUGGUGGAGCAGCCAUUGAGAUCCAAGAAAUGUGUCUGGCAGAAGUUGCUGUCCAAGCAGAGGAAAAGAGCCGUCGUUGCUUGUUUCCGAAUGGCUCCACUCUAUAAUCUACCGAGGCAUCGCUCUAUUAACCUCUUCCUCCUGGCCUAUCAGAGAAUAUGGAUAGAAACAGAGGAGUACUCUUUUGAAGAGAAGCUAGUACAGGAUCUUGCAAAAACACAGCCCAAAGUUGAAGACGAGGAAGAGGAGGACAUCCGGAAACAGCCGGAUCCUCUUCACCAACUCAUUCUGCAUUUCAGCCACAAUGCUUUGACCGAGUGCAGUUCUUUGGAAGAAGAUCCUUUAUAUAUUGCAUAUGCCGAUAUGAUGGCAAAGAGUUGUGCAGAAGGUGAAGAGGAGAACGACGAGGAAGAAAAAGACAAAACCUUUGAGGAAAAGGAAAUGGAGAAACAAAAGAUGUUGUACCAGCAGGCUCGACUGCACGACCGCGGGGCUGCAGAAAUGGUGCUCCAGAUGAUUGGUGCUAGUAAAGGUCGACUGGUUGCUAUGGUGACCUUUACCCUGAAGCUGGGCAUCUCUAUUCUCAAUGGGGGAAACAUUCUGGUCCAGCAGAAAAUGUUGGACUACCUUAAAGAGAAGAGGGAUGUCGGCUUCUUCAAAAGCUUAUCUGGACUAAUGAUGUCUUGCAGUGUCCUGGACCUGAAUGCAUUUGAGAGGCAAAACAAAGCAGAAGGUCUAGGGAUGGUUACUGAAGAAGGAUCGAUCAACGUGAGUGAGCGGGGUUCCAAAGUGCUGCAGAAUGACGAGUUCACAAAGGAUCUUUUUAGGUUUCUACAGCUUCUGUGUGAGGGACACAACAACGAUUUUCAGAACUUUUUGAGGACACAGACGGGUAACACAACAACAGUCAACAUCAUCAUUAGUACUGUAGACUACUUGCUCAGACUUCAGGAAUCCAUCAGUGAUUUUUAUUGGUACUACUCUGGAAAAGAUAUUAUCGAUGAGGCUGGGCAGAGGAAUUUCUCCAAGGCGCUUGCAGUCGCUAAGCAGGUCUUCAACUCGUUAACAGAGUAUAUACAGGGUCCGUGUAUAGGAAACCAACAGAGCCUGGCUCACAGCAGACUGUGGGAUGCAGUUGUGGGCUUCCUGCAUGUUUUUGCCAACAUGCAGAUGAAGUUAUCCCAGGACUCCAGUCAGAUAGAAUUGUUAAAGGAGCUACUGGACCUGCAGAAGGACAUGAUCGUCAUGAUGCUGUCUCUUCUAGAAGGAAAUGUUGUCAAUGGGACAAUUGGAAAACAAAUGGUGGACACCUUGGUGGAAUCAUCUAGCAAUGUAGAGAUGAUCCUCAAGUUUUUCGACAUGUUCCUCAAGCUGAAGGAUCUAACCACCUCGGACAGCUUCAAGGUCUAUGAUCCCGAGAGCAAAGGUUUCAUAUCAAAGAAGGAUUUCCAGAAGUCCAUGGAGAACCAGAAGCAGUAUUCCCAGUCUGAGAUCGAGUUUCUUCUGUCCUGUGCCGAGGCGGACGAGAACGAUAUGUUCAACUAUGUACAGUUUGUGGAGAGAUUUCACGAACCCGCCAAGGACAUUGGCUUCAAUGUGGCCGUCCUCCUAACCAACCUCUCGGAACACAUGCCGCACGAUGGCCGCCUCUCCACGUUCCUGGACCUGGCCGAGAGUGUCCUCAGCUACUUUGAACCCUAUUUGGGUCGUAUUGAGAUCAUGGGCGGAGCCAAGCGCAUCGAGCGAGUAUACUUUGACAUCAGCGAAUCAAGUCGGACCCAGUGGGAGAAGCCGCAGGUUAAGGAGUCGAAGCGACAGUUCAUCUUUGAUGUCGUCAAUGAAGGUGGAGAGAGCGAGAAGAUGGAACUCUUUGUGAACUUCUGCGAGGACACCAUCUUUGAGAUGCAGCUAGCAUCUCAGAUUUCAGAACCGGAUCCGGUGGAACGUCAGGAAGAAGAUGAUGAAGAUGACGGUCAGAGUGUGGGGGAGAACCAGGAGGAGGAAGAAGAGGAGAGUGUUACGUUAGAGUCUUCAUCGGCCUUUACCAUCGCUUGCAUCUCCAUGAGAAAAAACAUCUGCCACUUCCGCCAGCUUCUCACUCUCAAGAGCAUGAGACGACAGUACAGAAAAUUCAGGAAGAUGAGCGUGAAGGAGACUGUGCACAGCUUCUUUGCUUUCUUCUGGGUGAUCAUCACUGGCGUCUUCCAGUUUGUUUACAGCCUGAUUUGGGGUUUCUUUCAUAUUUUAUGGACCACCAUGUUUGGGGGCGGCCUUGUUGAAGGGGCUAAGAAUAUGAAGGUGACGGAUAUUCUGGGGAACAUGCCGGAUCCCACCCAAUUCGGGAUCCACGGGGAUGUGCUGGAGACAGAGAAGAUGGAGGCCAGCGAGGCAUCGGCAUUGACUGAGAUGGGUCACAUGGCUCAGGGGGAAGAGGCGGAGGCGGAUCUGAUGGCCGAGCUGCUCAACAUUCAGCCUAAGAAGGAAGGAAAGCACGGUGCGGAGCCCGGAUUGGGGGACGUAUCUGAGGUGGUGGUCGGCGAUGCUCCGUCCAUAGCCAGUGCUGUCAGGCAGAAGAAGGCCCAGAUGGCUGCAAAGAAGAGAGCUUCAAAUGGAGACUACAAAUCCGACUCCGAAAAAGCAGACUCUGAAGAUGGUGAGAAGAAGGACCACGACAAGGCCAAAGAUGAAGCCCCUCCUGAGCUCUCAUUGGAGGAGAAGAAAGCCCCUAAAAAGAGACUCGGCCUGAAGAAAGAUCCACCGGAGGCCUUCACAGCGAGUUUUUUUGCUGGCUUGGAAAUCUACCAGACUAAGAUGCUGAACUACCUGGCUAGGAACUUCUACAACCUGCGAUUUUUGGCUCUCUUUGUUGCAUUUGCAAUCAACUUCAUUCUUCUUUUCUACAAAGUGACUGGCGAUAACACGGAUGAUGACGAUCCUUGGAAUGGUCGAGGGAGAACUGGACAAGAGGAAGAAGAGGAAGAAGGCUCUCUGGAAUAUUUUAUCCUGCAAGAGAGCACAGGUUAUAUGGCACCGACUCUUCGCUGUCUGGCAAUACUGCACACUAUUAUAUCCUUUUUGUGUGUGGUGGGAUACUACUACCUGAAGGUUCCGCUGGUGGUGUUCAAGCGUGAGAAGGAGAUAGCCAGGAAAUUGGAGUUUGCGGGCCUCUACAUCACAGAGCAGCCGUCAGACGAUGACAUUAAAGGACAGUGGGACCGACUGGUCAUUAACACGCCGUCCUUCCCCAACAACUACUGGGAUAAAUUUGUCAAACGAAAAGUGAUCAAGAAAUAUGGUGAUCUGUAUGGAGCUGAGAGGAUAGCAGAGCUGCUGGGUUUGGAUAAAAGUGCUCUUGAUUUUAAUCCUACAGAGGAAGCCGUCACCAAGGAAGCCUCAUUGGUGUCUUGGUUGAGCUCAAUUGAUACAAUGUAUCAUAUUUGGAAAUUGGGCGUGGUUUUUACCGAUAAUUCGUUCCUCUACCUGGUAUGGUACACCACCAUGUCCAUUCUGGGUCACUACAACAACUUCUUCUUUGCCGCUCAUCUAUUGGACAUCGCUAUGGGAUUCAAGACGCUUCGCACCAUAUUGUCCUCUGUCACACAUAACGGCAAACAGCUGGUGCUAACGGUGGGCCUGCUGGCCGUCGUGGUCUAUCUCUACACUGUGGUGGCCUUCAACUUCUUCAGGAAGUUCUACAACAAGAGUGCAGAUGACGACGAGCCAGACAUGAAAUGUGACGACAUGAUGACAUGCUACUUAUUCCACAUGUACGUUGGCGUGAGAGCAGGCGGGGGCAUUGGGGAUGAGAUCGAAGACCCGGCUGGUGACCCCUAUGAGCUCUACCGCAUCCUUUUUGACAUUACCUUCUUCUUCUUUGUCAUCGUUAUCCUCCUGGCCAUCAUCCAGGGUUUGAUCAUUGAUGCUUUUGGAGAGCUGAGGGACCAGCAGGAACAAGUCAAAGAGGACAUGGAGACAAAAUGUUUCAUUUGUGGGAUCGGAAACGACUACUUUGACACAACGCCUCACGGUUUUGAGACUCACACUUUGCAAGAGCACAAUUUGGCCAACUACCUGUUUUUCCUGAUGUACCUCAUCAACAAGGACGAGACUGAGCACACUGGACAGGAAUCGUACGUGUGGAAGAUGUACCAGGAGCGCUGCUGGGAUUUCUUCCCAGCUGGAGACUGCUUCCGCAAACAGUACGAAGAUCAGCUGGGAUAGUGCAGAUCCAUCCUCCAUGCCUCGGUCCGGGGGGGAGGGCCACUGCACUGAUCUCCGCCCUGUCGGCCCCACCAACAACACUGAGACGGCCUCAGGAGAGAAGAUACAAAUGACCUUCUUAUCCAGCAAGGACGAGAGCUGCCCUCCAUGGCCUCGCGGUUUCAGCCUCUAAUUCACAUUUUCAGGUUUGUUUGUUGUUGUUUUUUUUUGCCGGGGGUGGGGGGCUUUGACAGACAGCAUUGCCUUUUACUGUGCAUAACCCCCCCAUCAUUGCACAAUGUUGUGUUUGUCUUUCUGAGAAACACUGGUGUUUUAACGAGACAGUGAAAUUAUGCACAAGAAUCCACCGUAGUGAUUUUCAGAAUGUUGAGACUUAAAUAAUGCCAAAAGAAAAGUGCAAGUGGAUUCAAUUCGUGCAUUUUUCAUGUCAUCUUGCAAGUGAAGAUGCAGCCGGUUGUAUUAUGUAAAAUAAAAACAAGAUGUAUUUAUUUUUCAGGAAGUGCCUUAUAGUACCGAGUCUACAUUACAAAGAAGCUAUGCAAAACCCUGUGCUGUUUUUCUUAACGUAUGUAAGUAGACCUUUUUUUUUUUUUUUUUUAUUUAACAUAGAAAAAAUUAAUUUCUUUUGUCGAAUGCAUACAUGCCAAUGUUACUUGUUAUAAAUGACUUUGAACAGCAAAAAAACGGAAUUGCUAUUGUAUGGCUGUUUGUAUGUAGUAGCUUUGCAGAUUUGUGCAUUUCUUUUCAUGGAAUAAAAAUAAAGAAAA